AUGAAUAUUCUUUCGUCCCAAGGACCUCCUCCCAAGUCGCUGAUCCAAAUAUAUGUAGAAAGAGCAUGUCAUCCGGCUCUCUAUGAACCUAACUUGGCCUUAGAUUUAGAAAUUGCAGAUGUGAUCAAUCAGAAGAAACAGAAUUAUCCACGGGAGGCAGCUAUGCAUAUUGUCAAAAUGAUUAAUCAUCGCAACCCCAAUGUGGCCAUGUUGGCAUUGACGUUAUUGGAUAUCUGUGUAAAAAAUUGCGGAUAUCCAUUCCACAUGCAGAUAGCAACAAAAGAGUUUCUCAAUGAACUCGUUCGGAAGUUUCCAGACAAGCCUCUGAUUUUUCCAAACCCCAUUCAGAUGAAAAUUCUUGAACUUAUUCAAGCAUGGAAGUCUACGCUGUGCGUUACAUCGCGGUACAAAGAAGAUUUACUACAUAUUAGCGAUAUGCAUCGACUACUUACUUACAAAGGUUAUCGAUUCCCGGAAGUAGAUACAAAAUCGGCGUCUGUGUUGAACCCUGCUGAAGUCUUAAAAUCACCUGAAGAACUAGAGGAAGAAGACAGGACAGCACAAGCAGCGAAAUUGCAAGAAUUGAUCCGUAGAGGGUCCCCUGCUGAUCUUGCAGAAGCAAAUGAACUUAUGAAGAUAAUGGCAGGAUAUGACCCAGAUACUAAACCUGAUUACAAGAAACAGGCUUUUGAAGAAUUGGAACGCAUACGACGGAAGACUACGCUGUUAAAUGAUAUGCUUGAUGGAGUUAAGGAGGGGGAAAAGAUUGGAGAUAAUGAUGUAUUUAACGAACUAAUGACCUCGUGCAAGGGUGUCCAACCAAAAAUUCAGAAGUUAAUUACCGAAGAGGAGGAUUCGGAUAGCAUUGAGAAAUUAUUGUCAUUGAACGAUCUUAUUAAUAGUGUGUUAAAACGAUACGACAACAUAUCAAAUGGUAUCUUCACUCCAGUCGAGCAGGCGGAAUCGGAUAAAGCAGUAUCGGCGAACCAGGCUCCUCUGUUGAUCGAUUUCAGUAGUACAGGUUCUGCACCCUCUCAGAAUAUCCAAUCCACAAUGACAUCUUCUGCUGUACCGGACUUGGUGUCCUCACUUAAUGAAUUGACACAGCCGUUGUCAGAGUCAACGCACGGCUCUCAAAUGUGGUCGUCGUGGGGGUCAAUGCAGCCACCAGCCCAGUCGCAGCAGUUAUGGCAGCAGCCGAUUGGUGUGUUACAACCCCAGAGUACAGAGCUGCACCAGACGCAACAACCAGUGAGUUCGUCGUCAGUUGAUUCGUGGCUUCUUGAACUAGAAAAUAAUCCUCCGCGCGGUGCUAUUCAGUUGUCAUCAUCAUCAUCUACCAGUAGUAACAACAAUAAUAACGCCCAGAGAACUUCUAAUAAAGACAAUACGCUUUCUGUAGCGAAUGUGAUUGACGAUCUACUUGGAUUGUGA